UCUGCGCCGCUUCCACGCUUUGCCCGAAGAGGGCGGGGGAGAGAGGGAGGCCCUGCCGCUGUGUUUCCAGUACAGCAGUUGCACACCGCGCUGUUGCGGGAGUGUUUUGCCGUUUCUGCGGGGCUUCCUUCGGCGGCACAAACAGACAUUUGUGCCGUAACGGUGAUUCCACCGCAGUGCAGCUGGACAGCAGCACAGACUCUUGGAUCUCUUCAGCGCUUAUCUACAGCGCUUAACAUCCUCGAAAAGUACGGCUGUAAUCUGACAAAUCCCAACAGGCCCAAGUACUGGAGGACUGUAAAACACAACAACCCAGUGUUCAGGGCCACAGUUGAUGCUAUCCAGGGAGGACGCGCUGUACUCUGUCUCUAUGGUUACUCUAAUCAGCAGCCGGAUGGACUCAGUUUCCCUGAUGAUGUUACAGAUCCUGAUGUGGGCAGAGUUGCUGCAGUAACUCUGGAAGUGAUGAGCCUGAGGAUGGAACUAGAAAUGCUUAUCAAGGAGGCUCAUCCCCAUCCUGAAUUCUAUGAGAGAAUCAUUCCUACACUCAGACACAAGGACGUCGGACUCAACACCGAUGCUGUGAUCUCGUCAUGCCGUGCAGACAGCCAGACCAAGUCUCUAGCUUUUUCCCUGUACCGUCGAUCCUCCAGGGAGAGCAACCGUAGCCACUCGCUGUCUGCCAACAACCAAAGCCUCAGGUCCAUUCAGGUCUUUUCCACCUUCUCAAGCAAACAUCCAGAGAACUGCGCUAUUUGUGGAAUAUUUCGCAUCUCAGCCCACUGCCUCACCUGCCUCCAGGGGCUGUGCUCAGACUGUGACAGACUGUAUCACUCCUACCCUGAGAGAGCCAACCACCAUCGAACAGCUGUCACGUCAUCAACUUCAUCCAAAAACAGGAGCAAUGAAAGUUCUUCCACCUGGCGUUGCCUUCACUGCACUAAAGUCAACUCUAUCCAGGAUGUGCUCUGUGACGAGUGUGAGCAGCCUCGCUUGGAACCCCUCGGCUCUAAAGAAGAGGAAUGUCAGCCUGCUACUAUCAUCGAGUGGCAGUGUAAGAGCUGCACUAUGGUGAAUGCAGCCAGUAGUAUUCUGUGUGAGGUUUGUGAACGACCUCGUUUGGCGACGCGACCUCCAGUGACCCCGUCGCACCCACCCAUAACCCCACCCAGACCACCAGCACCAGUAUUGGGGAUGCCCGGUGACCCUGACAGUCAGUGGGUGUGUCAGUUCUGCACAUAUCUGAACUACUCUCCGGCUAUGGUGUGUGAGAUGUGUGACCUGGCUCGCCCAGAGCCUGCACCGCUGCCAGUGAGGCUCCGCCCUCCCUCUCCUGUUAGACGUGUCCCUGCUCUGCCCAUCAAACCGAAGGAACCUGCUCCUGAAGAUCUGGACUCCUGGAGGCAGAAUUUGAUAAAGGAGGAGGGGCUAAAGCUGAUUCAACUAAUCAGACACGGGGAGAAGAAAGGAGUGAGUCCAGAGGAAGUAUACACAAGCAUGAGGGUAGCUGGGGACAGCAACAUCCUGCCCUGCAAGUGGUUAAAGACUGAACUUCCCCUGCUGUUGGACCAGAUCAGGAUGUUGGUGGCGACGUCCUCCCUUCAGUCAUUCUCUGAUAAGACCCCAACUGAAGACAAAAAUAACAUAACACAGGAUCUGGCCACGGAGGCUGGCGAAGUGGUCGAUCCUGCAGAAACAGAAAGUGUGAUCCAGCUUUCCAGAGCAGAAGCUAAGCUAGCCUGGCUCACAGCAGGGGGCGACACAGAGAGAGCUGCCAGACAAGCUCUGAGAGAUAGACUCGCCAAGGUAAAGGAGCUGUGUGCGCUCGGCUUUAGUGACGAAAGUCGCUGUCAUGAGGUUUUACGGCAGAGUGGCGGUGAGGUAAGAGGAGCCUUGGCGUUGCUACAACGACCACUUCUGGAGCCCUUCCACAAACGCAUCUGGAGUGAGAAACCUGAGCCUCCUGUCGACAUCCACCAUCCUGACAAGCAGCGUGUAUGUCGGUGGCUUCUAGCAGUCUACGAUCUACCCAGCUGGGGUCGCUGUGAGCUGGCCCUAUCGCUGCUUCUGGAGCACAGCGCCCCCUAUUCCCUAGAAGAUGUGGUGCAGGCAGUGCAAGAGUCCCACGACAGGGAAUUUAUCAAGCGAGUGCUCGCUAAAGAAUGUCCCAUCUGCCUCUCGGUUUUCCCUCACAGCAAAAUGCAGUCUCUCACGUCGUGUCAGUGCUCUGUGUGCUGUGGUUGUUUUCAGCAGCACUUUACCAUCGCUGUAAGGGACAAACACAUCAGAGACAUGGUGUGUCCAGUCUGUUGGGAGCCUGACAUCAAUGACCCCGAACACCUCAACAGCUACUUCUCCACCCUGGACAUCCAGCUGCGAGAGUGUCUAGAGCCAGAAGUCUACGAGCUUUUUCACAAGAAGCUGACAGAGCAGGCUUUAAUCAAGGACCCCAAAUUUCUCUGGUGCUGUCACUGCUCAUAUGGAUUCAUCUAUGAUGGAGACCAGUUGAAGGUCACCUGUUUUCAAUGUCGAAACAGUUUCUGUGCUCACUGUAAAAAGCCUUGGGAGUCUCAGCAUGCUGGUCUGUCCUGUGAACAGUUCCAGUCCUGGAAACGAGAGAAUGAUCCAGAAUAUCAGAGACAGGGCCUGGCUGGAUACCUCAGAGACAACGGCAUCACUUGUCCUAACUGUCGCUUUCAGUAUGCGCUGUCUAAAGGAGGCUGCAUGCAUUUCUGCUGCUCACAGUGUCGUUACCAGUUUUGCAGUGGCUGCAACAACCCUUUCCACACUACCUGUGCAGUGGACCAGUGCACGGUGUCUGGACUGCAUGCCCAUCAUCCCAGAGACUGUCUCUUCUAUCUGAGAGACUGGGAACCAUCCAGGCUGCAGGCUUUGCUCCAGAAUAACGGAGUUGCCUUCAACACUGAACCUNUACCUCUCUUCCUUUUAGAUCUGUGUGGAGUAAUAGAGCAAAAAGAUGAGGGCGGGCAGCAGUCAGAUGCAGCCUGUGGAGCUCAGACCCAACCUGGACAUGCUGGACUCUGCGAGAAGCAUUACCGGGAGUACUUGGUGAGCCUGAUCAAUAGCCACUCCAUUGACCCGGCACCGCUCUACAGCUCUAACGAGCUGCUGCUGGCCUGCAGGAGGUACAAGGUAGAUGACACCCACAGGGACGGGGAGGACACCUUCACCUACUACACCAGACUUCUUGAGAAACUGAUGGAUGAAGUACCGCUCGGUGAUAAGGUGCCACGAAAGAAGUAGAGGAUGCUCAGUUCCUGUUUUAUAUCAUUUGUAACUACAUUAACCGUUCAACUUAAAACUCAGCAACAAGACAAGAUGAUCAAGAAGAUCCCUGUUUUUCAGAGACAGACGUUCUUGAGCAAUCGUUCUUCAGGUUUUCUCGAGUUUUUUCGAAGUUUGGAUGUUGCCUGCUUUUCACUCAUUUUCAGAGGAAUAUUUGUUUGCUUGCUAAGUUAUUUAACACUCACCUAUAACUCAUUCAAGCAUAAAAAAUGCUCCUAACUCAAGAGAUGAACCAGUGAUGUGUCCUCACAUGUCAAACUACAUCACAAAGACAUCAAUUUUAAAUCAUAUUUGUAGGCACACUUGCAGCCGUCCAAAAACACACAGUGUGUUUCCCCUUCUUUAGGUAUGUCUGUGAAAAAUGCCAAAGAUAUCACAUUUUGACAGGCAUAGAAUAAUAUGUCUGUACCAACAAGGUGAUUGCUAAAGAACAGCGUCAUGGCCGAGGGAAUUACAAAAGAAGAAUUGUAUAAAGAAACUGUCUACAGCAGAUAAACAACAUCUACAAAUCACGUCCUAAAAAAGGAAGAAAAAUCUGUCAAAGCUCCGACACGGGAACUGAGUGAUUUACGUGAUUUGUUUCUCUUAAGGAAGGGAAACAGAGAAAAGGCCAAACUACACAAGAACCGGACUGAAAUGAGUGGCAACAGAUCUUAAAUCAUCAUCAAUAUGGACGAAGGAUAUCAGAGAGGUACAGUCGUGAAUAUCAACAGAGUUUAGUUCCAAAAGCCGCGUUUCAGCUUUUGGACUUUAGGAUUGUACAGACGUUGUUUUUGGCUUCCAUGUGUGUUUAAAUACGUUUCAAAAAUCGCUGCACUUGCUCCCAUUUUCCUCGCAAAAUUCAAAGAAGUGAGAGUUGGUUUGAGAUGUUUACACAGUUCUGUACACUGAGGCUUUGCUUCUUUUUUCCUCAAAUGAACAGCCAUGAUUUCAGCCUGAUCUUUUUAUUGUGCCAACCAAACAAAACAAAACUUUCCUCUUUUCUCAAACUCGCUGUUUCACUCCCCAGCUGUGAAACGCAGCCUUAUAUAAUACACAGAUAUGAAUACAAGGGCAAAUACUUUUAUUUUAAAUUGGCUUCAGCAGCAAAUGAAUCACUAAGGUAGCGAUAUAUAUUUUUGUUUUACUACCAAAGUUCAUUGAAAGAUGUAUUGAAAUCAGUUUGACUGUAACAUUGGAUUUGUUUGGAGCAAAUUAACAUCUUAUUGAAAUUAUAAGUGCAUCACAAAGUAAGCUCACAUAAGAGCUUACUUAGUGAUUAAGUAGGUUAAGUAAGUUAACCUACUUAAUCUUAAGUAAGUUAAGAGCCAAGAGAAUAAAAGUUGUCCACUCUGCAGGGAUGAAAAGAAAUGAAGGACUGUAAACUCAGAAUCCACCGGUGACUGCAUGUUUUGCAAAAGCUGUUACGGCAGAAAGUAAACAAGUUGUUUUGAUACAUAAAAAUUCAUCUUUUAUUUCCUUUCUUAUAAAAUGCUGUACUUCAAUGAAAUUUCCACAACUUUGUUUUUACUGGCCAUUUGAGAUUGGUAGGUUGCAUGUAAAAAUCAGAAUGCUUACACUCGACAGACAGAUAAUGACCAAAUUAAUAACAUACUGAGAGUUUAAAAGCUACCGUUUGUAAUAAGCAACAUAAGUCCCUGUGAAAGUGUGUUCUGUGUCAUGUACUGUGUCUAAUAAAACAUUAAUAACAUGA